UGUGACUUUAAACGGUUUAUGCUUCACGCUUGUACUAAUUCUGUUUAUGUUAAACUUUAAAGUUCUUUGUAAGAAUUGAAAGGACAGGGUAAAUUUUAAACUACUAAAACUAAUUUAGUAUAAUUAAUAAUCGAUAACUGUUUCUUAUAAUAUCAAAACAAAAAAAAAGUUUUUAAAUGGCUUUACUCCGAAUCGGUAUCAUUCAUUUCACAAAGAAUUGUAUUUCGAAUGUGACUUUUUCUUCAAAUUCGGUCAGAUGUGCCAAAUUAACGCCUUUGCGUUGCAAACCAUUCGAUCCUUAUAAAACCCGAUUGCCAUUCGAAAUCAAUGCCGACACAUCGAAAGAUAUUGUUUUAUUUCGUUUCGAUAAUUCUACUUUCUACAGGUUAUUAGGAUUGUUUGGAGCGACUCAGUUAUUUUUCUGGUUUUAUCUGGCCAGAUUUUCACAUAGAAAUUUAAGAGAUGCUCCUUCAGAUGACAAUUCCUCUUCAAAACCAUUUUGGAAAAAAAUCAAUCUGGGAGAAAAUAAAUUUAGACAUGGAGUAACGUUUUUAUGCUUGGGUGUUGGGUAUCUUGUUGCAACGAUAUCUGCAUUUCUCCCAUUGAGAACAGUUCAUUUGUUAGUUUUGUGUAAAGGAGGAAUAAAUGUCAGAAUUCUUACAUAUACACCUUUGGGAACUACAAGAAAAAUAGAAGUGCCACUGAGUCAUAUAUCUUGCCAGCAUUCUAGGCACAGUGCUUCUUCAAAUAUGUCUUUGAAAAUAAAAGGCCGAUGGUUUUAUUUCCUAAUUGACAGAAAGGGUGUAUUUCUCCAACCAAAAUUAUUUGAUAAUACUGUUGGUCUGUAUCGACAUUUGAAAUAAAUAUGUUCCAUUUAUUAGUUGAAGAAUUUAAUAGCUAAUGAAGUAUACAAAUUUACUUUCAAGUAAAUUAGUUAAAAGCUAAAGAAUUUUAAAUACUUCAUUA